UUUAGAUCUCUUCCGCAUCCUGUGCGAGUAAAAAUACUAUUCAAACCCGCAAAAAAUCGAGCUGGAUAAUCUUUGUGAGCUCUAUUUUUGUUUAUUAACACCCUUAUCAAAACGCAUUUUAAUUUAUACGAAGCAUAUAUAAAUUCAUUAAAAAUUAAAUAUUAGCAAAUAUAACAAUUUUUUUCCAAAAAAAGAAAAAAGCAAAUAUUACGAUUUAGAAUUAAUGAUUCUUACGUUAGAAAUAUAUCUACGUCAACAACACGUGUGGGAUUUGAACAUAGCUAGUAGAACUCUCGCUCGUCGCUCCCAAGUCAUUGGAGGAUUUUCUUUCUAUCUAUUUGUCAUAAAGGUUCGAGCCGUGAGUCUGUAUUUGUUGCAAAUCAGCUGCUUUCAACGAACAAAACGGAAACGGAAAUGGAAGUGGCGCACUGCUAUCUUGACGGCAAUGCAGAUGCAGUAGAGUUCUGCCCACAUGACUUGCACCGCCACGUUUUAGCUGCUGCAACUUACACACUACAAGAGGGCGAUCGGCCUAGCCGAUGUGGAAGCAUUUCGUUAUUUGAUGUUGAUACUGACGUGGGUCGCUUUGAAUUGUUUCAUCGCGUGGAAACAGCAGGUAUCUUUGAUAUUAAGUGGAACCCUGUUGGAGGUAAUGUUGAUAGGCCAAUGCUUGCCCAAGCUGAUGCCGAUGGGUGCUUGAGAAUUCAUGAGUUAAGUUGCUCUUCAAAUGGAGAAAAAGGAGGAUUUCUUAGAGAAAUAAAUGGUGAAAAAAUAAGCUCCUCUAUGUGCCUUUGCCUGGAUUGGAAUCCGUCGGCCACAUCAAUCUCAGUUGGACUCUCAAAUGGUAGUGUUUCAGUAGUCUCAUUCUCAGAGUCCCAAUUAAAUAUAAUUCAAGAAUGGAAAGCACAUGACUUUGAGCUGUGGGCUGCUUCCUUUGAUAUUCACCAGCCACAAUUGCUAUACACUGGUUCUGAUGACUGCAAAUUCAAUUGUUGGGAUUUGCGUGACAGUCCUUCCAAUAUGGUUUUUCAGAAUUCAAAGGUUCAUAAGAUGGGCGUUUGUUGCAUUGCAAAGAGUCCUAGCGAUCCUAAUAUUUUGCUCACUGGUAGUUAUGAUGAGUACCUUAGGGUUUGGGACGUUAGACAAAUCUCAAAACCGUUAAAUGAUAUUUCAAUUCAUUUGGGGGGUGGAGUUUGGAGAGUCAAGCACCAUCCACACGUUUCAGGUCUGGUCUUGGCAGCUUGUAUGCACAAUGGGUUUGCAGUUGUAAAGAUUGAUGAUGAGAAAGGUGAACUAAUUGAAACUUAUGAUAAACAUGGGUCUCUUGGCUAUGGGGCAGAUUGGCAAAAAAGGGAAUUAUCUCAGGAGGACAAGCAAAAGAAUAAUGUGGUGGCCACUUGUUCCUUUUAUGAUCGGCUUCUGCGGGUAUGGAAGCCAGAAAAUAAUAUUAUGUUACUCUGAUUGGUUCAUGCAAAAUUAAAAUGUUUCAUUAGUUUAUUUUGAACUGUCCAUUGCCGGCAAAUUGGGGGAUUCUUUGUUAGGCAGGUAUAAUUCAUGAUGUUCACCUGUUUUUAUAUUAGCAA